UCGAUAGUUUGUGUUUCUCUGGAUCUGAAAUGGUAUAUUCUGUUCAGUGGAGUCGUACUAUUCUAUAUAGGAUGUCAAAAUCUAAUGGGAGCUUAGUGGGAUUGUAACAGGAUUGAACGGAUCCUAAUAGGAUUGCAUGAUCUCAUUUUUUAAUCAUUCUUCAUGUUUGUAUUAAUCCUACCAACCCUGCAGCUUAUUAUCUAUCUUCCUCAUCAUGGCCAGUGGGCAGAAACCAAAAGGGCUCAACAAGUCAUGUUUUCUCCUCAUAGUGAUAGCUGGUAUGGAAAGGUUUGCAUUCAAAGGGGUGGCAUCAAAUUUGGUAACUUAUCUUACAGAUGUGGUUAAGAUGAGCAACUCUGCUGCAGCCAAGACUGUUAAUAAUUGGUGUGGAUUCACAUCCAUGCUACCACUUCUAGUUGCAUCGCUUGCUGAUUCAUGGGAUCGGUAUUCCACCAUUCUAACCUCUUCCUUUAUUUAUGUUGUGGGACUUGUGGCAUUGACAUCAACAGCAUUGUCUUGGGCAAGGCAUCCCACCAACAAAAUAAGCUCCUCAUACCUGUUUUGGUCGCUCUGUUUGAUUUCUCUAGGACAAGGUGGAUAUAACCCAUCUUUACAAGCCUUUGGAGCAGAUCAAAUUGCGAACGAUGAUGAGCUGCCGAGCACAAAAGAUGAGCAGAAAUCAAAUAAGAAGAGUUUGUUCUUCCAAUGGUGGUAUUUUGGGGUUUGCGGUGGCAGCCUCGCAGGUGUCACAUUCAUGUCCUAUAUCCAAGACACAUUUGGCUGGGUACUCGGAUUUGCAAUUCCUACAAUCGCAAUGGGAGCAUCAAUUUUACUGUUUUGGUGUGGAAGCAGAAUUUAUGCAUACAAACAGGAUGACGCCAUCUCUGAGAGGCCUUCGCGGGACAUAGUUCGAUCCAUUAAGGAAGCUCUGUCGAAAUUGAUGAAUAGCAGAAUCACCUUACCAAACAGCAAUCCUGGAGUCGUUGAGCUAGAGCUUCAAGAAAAACCUCUUUGUCAGAAUUCGGGCAAUGCCAAGGGAUUGAAGGAGGAACCCUGCAGUGGUAUUAACUACCUAGUAGAAAAUGGAAAAGUAGUAUUAAGGCUUUUGCCGAUAUGGACGAUGCUGCUAAUGUUUGCAGUCAUCUUUCAGCAGCCUGCCACAUUCUUCACCAAACAGGGAAUGACAAUGAAGAGGAAUGUAGGCAGCAGCUUCAAGAUCCCACCAGCUACACUACAAAGUGCUAUUACAGUUUCUAUAAUCCUCCUGAUGCCAUUUUAUGAUGCGUUGCUGAUCCCAUUUACUCGACUGAUUACUCGCAACAAAAAGGGUAUCAGUGUGACUCAAAGAAUGGGUAUCGGGAUGGUACUGUCCAUAAUAGCCAUGGUCAUUGCUGCAUUGGUUGAAACAAAAAGACUCGAAAUCAGUAGAAAAAUGGACGUUCUUGAUCCAAAAUUGGAAACAGAAGUUCCAUUAAGCAUAUUUUGGUUGCUGCCUCAGUACAUUCUGCUUGGCAUCUCUGACAUCUUCACUGUUGUUGGGAUGCAGGAGUUUUUCUAUAGUGAAGUUCCUGUAAGAAUGAGAACAAUGGGAAUUGCACUAUAUACUAGUGUAUUUGGAGUGGGAAGCUUCUUGAGUGCCCUGUUGAUUUCGCUAGUAGAAUAUUUCACAAGCUCAAGAGGCAAAGGGCGGAGCUGGUUCUCUGAUGACAUGAGAGAAGCCCGUUUCGACAAAUACUAUUGGCUUCUAGCCUCGUUAAGUGUACUCAGCUUAGUGUUUUAUGUUAUUUUCUGCAAAUGUUUUGUAAGCAGAAGCAGCGAUAUGGAUAAUGAGAACUAGGCAAGGGGCAGAGCUGGUUCUCUGAUGACAUGAUUGAAGCCCGUUUCGACAAAUCUUAUUGGCUUCUAGCCUUGUUACGU